AUGCCACUGGAGAUGGAGCCCAAAGCUAACAACCUCGUUUUUGGGUGCCAGCGAAGCUCAACAUCUGACGAUGACUCUGGCUGUGCCUUGGAAGAAUAUGCCUGGGUUCCCCCGGGCCUCAGACCAGAGCAGGUCCAGCUGUAUUUCGCCUGCUUGCCUGAGGAGAAGGUCCCUUACGUUAACAGCCCAGGAGAGAAACACCGAAUUAAACAACUUCUCUAUCAGCUGCCACCCCACGAUAAUGAGGUGAGAUACUGCCAGUCUUUAAGUGAGGAAGAAAAGAAGGAGCUGCAGAUGUUCAGCUCCCAGCGCAAAAAGGAGGCCCUCGGCCGAGGCACCAUCAAGCUGCUCUCCAGAGCGGUGAUGCACGCGGUGUGUGAGCAGUGUGGUACAAAAGUAAAUGGUGGUGAAGUUGCAGUUUUUGCCUCAAGAGCUGGGCCUGGCGUGUGCUGGCAUCCCUCAUGUUUUGUGUGCUUCACCUGUAACGAGCUGCUCGUUGACCUUAUCUACUUCUACCAAGAUGGAAAAAUUCACUGUGGCAGACACCACGCUGAACUUCUUAAACCCAGAUGUUCAGCCUGUGAUGAGAUCAUUUUUGCUGAUGAGUGUACAGAAGCUGAGGGUCGACACUGGCACAUGAAGCACUUCUGUUGCCUCGAGUGUGAAACCAUCCUGGGUGGACAGAGAUACAUCAUGAAGGAUGGGCGACCAUUCUGCUGUACCUGUUUUGAAUCUCUUUACGCGGAAUACUGUGAGACCUGUGGGGAACACAUUGGUGUUGACCAUGCCCAGAUGACCUAUGAUGGACAGCACUGGCACGCCACAGAGACUUGCUUUUCUUGUGCUCAGUGCAAGACCUCUCUGCUUGGCUGCCCUUUCCUUCCAAAGCAAGGGCAGAUUUACUGUUCAAAAACAUGCAGCCUGGGAGAGGAUGUUCAUGCCUCCGACUCUUCUGAUUCUGCGUUUCAGUCUGCUCGAUCCAGAGAUUCCAGGAGGAGCGUCCGCAUGGGAAAAAGCAGCCGGUCAGCCGACCAGUGCCGCCAGUCUCUCCUCCUGUCGCCAGCCCUCAAUUACAAAUUUCCUGGCCUUUCAGGCAAUGCUGAUGAUACCCUUUCUCGUAAGCUGGAUGAUUUAAGCCUUUCAAGGGAAGAGACAAGCUUUGUUAAUGAAGACUUCUGGAAGGGAAGAGUAGAGCAAGAAAUGCCUGAAGACCCUGAAGAAUGGGCUGAACAUGAAGACUACAUGACUCAACUUCUUCUGAAGUUUGGUGAUAAAAGCCUAUUCCAGCAGCCCACUGAAGUAGACAUUAGAUCAAGUGAACACUGGAUUUCUGAUAGCAUGGUGAAGAAUAAGUUGGACUUGAAAAAAAAUAAUCCAAGCCUUGCAAGUAAGAAGUAUCAAUCAGACAUGUACUGGGCCCAGUCACAAGAUGGCUUGGGUGACUCUGCAUAUGGCAGCCACCCAGGCCCUGCCAGCAGCAGGAAAAUCCAGGAGUUAGACAUGGAACAUGGGGCAUCAGGAUACAAGCAUGACCAAACACCAUGGUAUGGAGGUUCACUUGAAUGUUUGUCUGACCUGAAACAGCAAGAACAAAGUGUUCGAGACUCAAUGGAUUCUUUGGCUUUGUCUAACAUAACAGGGGCUUCAAUGGAUGGAGAAGGCAAGCCACGGCCAUCUCUCUAUUCUUUGCAGACUUUCCAAGAACUAGAGGUAGAGGACUGUGAAAAAAUGAGCAACAUGGGAACUCUGAAUUCUUCAAUGCUCCACCGGAGCACAGAGUCCUUGAAGAGUCUGAGCUCAGAAUUGUGUCAGGAAAAGGUCUUGCCAGAGGAAAAGCCAGUGCAUAUGCCUGUACUGAGAAGAUCUAAAUCCCAGUCUAGGCCACAGCAAGUGAAGUUCUCAGAUGAUGUUAUUGAUAAUGGAAGUUAUGAGAACGUUGAAAUACGUCAGCCUCCAAUGAGUGAAAGGACUCGUAGGCGUGUUUACCAUUUUGAAGAGCGUGGAAAUCGGCCUUCUCAUCAUCGUAGAAGAAGUAGGAAGUCCCGUUCAGAUAAUGCACUUAACUUGGCUGCAGAAAGAAGAUGUUCUCCCAGAGAGAGAUUUCGUUAUUACUCCCCUCAGGAUCAUGAAAAACUUAUUCAAAACAGAAGCUCACGUGAGAUUCAGGCAUACAUUCAGAACGCGGAGCUGUAUGGACAAUACGCCCACACUAGGUCUGAUUAUGCACUGCGGAAUCAGGUGGUUGAUAAAUUUUUUGGAUUGUAUGGUGAGGAAGAUGACUCCUGGUGUUCAACUUCAUCCUCAUCAUCUGAUUCUGAAGAGGAAGGAUAUUUUCUAGGACAGCCAAUUCCACAGCCACGAUCACUGAGAUAUCCAUACUAUACAGAUGACCUUUCUGGUCCAACUACUGCUUUAUCUAGUUCUCAGUUUGGACAAAGGACAACCAAGUCAAAGAAGAAGAGGGGACACAAAGGAAAAAAUUGCAUAAUUUCUUAA